AAUUGGCAGAGAUCUAACAGUUAACAGACAGACCUUAAGCUUUGCAGCAAAAUGGAAAGAAUCCUCAUACUUUGUAUCCUUGUGGCUUGUGGAUUGGUUUCUGCGAUGGCCCAGGAGUGUCAGGUCUGUCAGGCGGCCAACGACGUUUAUUGCCACAACAAGACAUCAUACCAAUACUGCAUGUCUGGAGAUGUUUUUGGGGGAGUCCAGACCUGUCCCGAGGGCACUGUUUGCUCUAAUACCGACGAUGUCUGUGUGGCUAAUGCCGAUCUCAGUGCCACUAUUCUGGAUGUAUGUGCGGACACUAGUUGCGGAGGUUGCAACAUAAAUACUGGGAAGUAUGCCUGUGUCAGUAGGACUCAGUAUGCCCGCUGCACCAGCCAAAGUGAAAUCGGGGCCGUUUUCAGCUGCCCUGAGGAUGAGAUUUGUAUUUUCGGUGCCCUAGCCGCUUAUAAAAGUAUAUGUGUUCCAGCAUGCGCCGCUGAUUUUGUGAAUAUGAAAUCCACUUGCACCAAUACUGAUUAUGCCACGACCACAACAACAGCAGCUCCAACAACUACUCCGUCUACUACCGAUCUUCAGAGUGCUUGCUCCUCUGCGGCCACCACAACUUCAUCAUCAUAUUUCUAUACCAGAUACACAACGGAUACAACCUGUGGAAGCUAUAUAUACUGCGAGACCGUUUCAGGCAGUACUGUCACCUGGAAAACAGUUUUCUUCGUUUGUCCUUCUGGCAAACCCUAUUAUGACUCUGCCACCAGCCGUUGUGUGGCAACAAAACCAUCAAAUUGUUAAGAUACUAACCGCGAAGGCUAUAUAUUUGCCAAUAAACACCCGAUUCCUCAGCGGGAUAGCUUAAAAAAUUGUUCAUUCAUUCUCAGUCGAUAUGCAUCAAACUCUACAAAACAAAA